AUGUCUGGCACAGACAAGAAACCAACUUUACGUAAGAGUAGUAUUCUAGGCAUCAAUAAAGUACCAGAGAAGACAACCGUUCUCUCAAUUGCCCAGGCGCUCAGUUCCUUUGCAUCCAGUAUAACGAACAUUUCCAUUGAGACGUCUCGUUUUGGACAUAGAAAUGUUCUGAUCACUUUUGACAGUGUUGAAGCAUGCGAGAAGGCAAAGGGUCUUGGAAACAUUAAACUUGAGGAGCAGAUCUGCGACCUCUUCUUUGCACAAACACGCAAUAGCUCGCCUAGUCUAUCUGCAUCAACAACUAAACUCUAUGUGAAGCAUCCACCAGCUGCUAAUUGCGAGGAAAUUGUUAAAAUGCUCGGAGACGUUUCAAUUAAAAAGCCCGAGGGAGCCAAGGGCUACUUCUUUGUUACAUGCAAGGAUAUCGAUCAACAAUGUGAGAUUGUUAAAAAUUUCAAUAAUAAGAAAGUUAGCGGCGGCGCACUAGUCGUCAAAGUUGCCAUUGACAAGACUGUUAAGAGGCCCAUGCGCAACAACAAGCCUGUUACUGCUGAAUGA